AUGUACGACCACAGCCACCAAUUCGAGCAGGUCUCACGGACCAUCUCAACCCGGACACGGCCGUUCUUCAGCAACAUCUCCAGUCCAAUCACACUAUUCCGUAACUCUACAGGAAAACCUCGCCGAGUGCGAUUCGGCAUCGUCCUCCCCGCAAUAUGCCUCUUCCUCUACCUCCUCUGCCUCAUCAACUCACUUCUCUACGGACUCUUCUUUGGACCAAGCAGGAACAGCAGCAAUAAUGACAGACGACCCGCAGGACAUGGACCAGUGAAGCCUCCGACGUGGCUUGAUCGUGGCGAUAUAUCAGAGAUGGAGAUGCGGCCUGUGGAGGGGACCAAUAUGACGACGGCGAUCCUGCUUAGUUGGGAGAGAAUGGACUCGUUGAAGGAGAUUGUUGUCCACUUGUGUCCGCAUGUCAUGUUCAAGGAGAUCAUGAUCUGGAACAAUAAGGUUGAUAUCCAUCUUGAAGAAAAGAUGUUCAAUUGCCCAAAAGUGAAAGUGUUCAAUUCGCCUAACAAUAUGUUUUUUGUUGCUCGCUACAUGGCCUGUGCGAUGGCCUCGUCGCCCUACUGCUAUUUCCAAGACGACGACUGGAAGAUUCACUACCUCCGAUCCAUGUACGCCAACUUUUUGCGACACCCUCAGUUCCUCCAUACCGAUACCAAUUCCGAUGUCUGGGCACUCACCAACUGGCGCUGGUGCUUCUUUGAAGAUGAGGUGAACAUGCACUCCUGCUUCUCAUGGCUUGGAACAGGAUCUCUGGCAACUAGGGACAGUGUAGUCAAGUUCCUGAAACAGGCCUCGGUGACAGACAUGGACCCCUUGGAAUUCGCCUAUGGCGACAUGUACUUUUCGACAUUUCUGAACCAAGUCCCUUACCAGCUCGAGAACUAUCUGGAGGAACUUGUUGACCCUGCCAAGGAUGAGGCUGCCUUUAGUAAAGGGUCUUCUGGAAAGUCUAGGAACAAGGAAUACAUGCACAAGGCAGCUCAAAAGGCUUGGGAUGCACUGAAGAGAAAGGACCCAGAAUUUGAACAGGAAGAACUGCACCCAACAUAUCUGCAACGCGACGUUCGAUCCCCCUGUGCCGACGACCGAUGUCUCAUGAUUUCCAACAAGCACCCGUUUCCCGAUGUCCGGAUGUUCAAGUACCGCCCGUACAUCGACAUCGAAGAGAUGGAAAAGAUCCACACCUUGUAUGAGGAUCCCUCUAUCUACAUCCGUUACCCGUUCAGCAAAGCCGUCGAUGGGAUGGAAAACACUGCCUACAAAAGCACACAACCGAUUGCGCAGGGCGACUAUAUUGGACUGGACAUGUUGCUCGAGAUAGAUCGUAAGAUUGAGUACAGGCUUCUCUAUCAGAUGGGCGACCAGUGGAUCAAGAAUGCUAAACUGGAGGUUGCGGGUAGCGAUGCCGUCUAUCGAACGAUCCCACUUCAGUACACUUGCAAAGACAUCCGGAACAUGGACUACAACGGCAAGAUCACCCUCAACAUCGAGCACGCAUUCCUGAACCGCGCCCGGGACAACCUAAUCUUUGACAAGAAGGAAGUGGACAAACUCGAGUACGAUCUCGAUGUUGACAAGGACGAUGACGACGACGAAGAAGAGGAGCAAAACCUGAACCAGAACCAGAACGGGCAACAAUCACCCAAAAAGAUACCCGAACUGUCGUACUAUGAAGAUUAUGGAUGGAGGACACAGUGCAAGUUUGUAGUCCAUGAGGCGUCCAAGUUUAGGUUCAUGCGCCUUGUCAGUGGGCAAGAUGAGGCGUACCCGUUUGUUGUUUAUGACCUUGGAUGGAAAGUCAUCUAA